UCGGCAUUUCAGUCAGUCGUUCAAGUUGUCUCCCACUGAUCGGUUGGUCAGUCUCAGACAGACAAUCCCCUCUUCGCACUUCCAAGUUAUAGUUUUCACUCUCAAAUAUAAAAAUUUACUUCCUCGUUACUUUUUUCUCUGCAAAUUUGUGUGAUAAUAAACAUCCUGACUGUGGCAUUUUUAGAUUGCAAAAUGCAACGACUAAAGCUAAGUUUUCUGCUGAUAACGACAUUUAUCAUUGGACUGAAUGCACAAGGUGAAACUGGGAGUUUAGAUGACCUAAUUAAGCAGAUCUUCACCUCAACCCCGGCAAUCGGUGGCCAGGAUCAAGUACUAACACCAGCACCUCCAACACAAAGCCCACCAACCCGGCAACCGCAGCCUCCGACUCCUUCGGAUAAACCAGUUCAGACAUGCGAUGGAGGCGAAUGUGUGGCAUACUAUCUGUGUUCUCAGGAUGGCAAUAUCAUCACAGAUGGUGAUGGUCUGUUGGAUAUCAGGAUUGAUGUGGAGGAUGAACCUCGUCCAUGCCCAGACUAUUUUGAAAAAUGCUGCGCCGUGAAGGACAAACAGACGAAACCGAUUUUGCCACCAGUUCAGAUCCGUGAAGGAUGCGGUAAUCGCAAUCAAGAUGGAAUUGGAUUCCGAAUCACCGGAGACAAGGACAAUGAGGCACAAUAUGGUGAAUUCCCGUGGAUGAUUGCGGUACUCAAGGAGGAACAAGCCAUUUCUCAAGUUCUCAAUGUCUAUCAAUGUGGUGGAAGUCUCAUCCAUCCACAAGUUGUUUUAACUGCUGCCCACUGUGUGGAUGGGAAACAGCCCAGUGUGCUCAAGAUUCGUGCCGGAGAGUGGGACACCCAGACUAAGAAUGAGAUCUUCGCGCAUCAAGAUCGUGAAGUGGAGAGCUUUGUCAUCCAUCCAGAGUACUACAAAGGGGCACUCUUCAACGACAUUGCCCUUCUCUUCCUCAAGACACCCGUGGAUCUCGCUGAGAAUGUUCAAACGAUCUGUCUGCCUCCACAGGACUACAACUUCGAUGGUACGCGUUGCUAUGCUUCUGGCUGGGGCAAGGAUGUCUUUGGGAAGGAGGGCAAAUAUCAGGUGAUCCUCAAGAAAAUUGAUCUGCCCGUGGUGCCACACAACACAUGCCAGGAUGCUCUGAGGACCACUCGUUUGGGCAAAUUCUUCGAACUCCACAAGAGCUUCAUCUGUGCCGGUGGAGAGCCCAUGAAGGACACAUGCAAGGGUGACGGAGGAUCUCCCCUGUCAUGCCCCUCAGGACCCGGCUCUACUCGCUACUAUCAGGCUGGUAUUGUUGCCUGGGGUAUUGGUUGUGGGGACAAACAGAUUCCUGGAGUCUAUGUCAACGUGGCCCACUUCCGCAAUUGGAUUGACGAACAGAUGAAUCUCAAGAGAUUUGGCACUAACACUUACAAGCUCUAGAUAUCCUUAAUACAGAAUUUUCCUCAAUUCUUUUUUACUUUUAAUAAAUUUUGCAACUGUGUCUAUAGAGAAAGAAUAAAUACAAAUAAAUGAUAGCCUCUCAGAA